AUGUGCUGGGUCAUCAUCCUAGACUGCUAUGACAUGAAGUAUAUGGUAAAACAGGUAGGAGUAGUGUCCCAAUGGGCAACCCUGAAGUUAUGGAACCUCUUCCAAGGAGACACAGUUGCUCACUCUCAAUUCUCCGGCACAGUGCCAGCCACAAAUUUGGAAAUCCAUAAUCAGCUCCAUGACAACCAGCUCCAUGGGCACAGCAGCGAAUCUCUAUAUUCCUAUGAAGCAUCAGAUCUCGCGAGAGCGGCCGGCUGGUGGCUGUGGGGGUUGCAGCAGCGGCGGCGGCGGCGGCGGGCGGAGCAGGGAAGCGGCAGGCGGAGGCGGCAGCGGACGGGCGGCCGGGCGCAGGGCGGGCAGCAUCAUGGCGGACAGAGACAGUGGCAGCGAGCAGGGCGGCGGCGGGCGGGGGCGCGCCGGGCGCCGGGGGUCGGGCUCCGGCGGCGGGGGGCCGGGGGCGGCCUGCAGCACGAGACCCAGGAGCUGGCCUCCAAGCGGGUGGACAUCCAGAACAAGCGCUUCUACCUGGACGUGAAGCAGAACGCCAAGGGCCGCUUCCUCAAGAUCGCCGAGGUGGGCGCGGGCGGCAACAAGAGCCGCCUCACGCUCUCCAUGUCGGUGGCCGUGGAGUUCCGCGACUACCUGGGCGACUUCAUCGAGCACUACGCGCAGCUGGGCCCCAGCCAGCCGCCCGAGCUGGCGCAGGCCGCCGACGAGCCGCGCCGGGCGCUGAAGAGCGAGUUUCUGGUGCGGGAGAACCGCAAGUACUACAUGGAUCUGAAGGAGAACCAGCGCGGCCGCUUCCUCCGCAUCCGCCAGACCGUCAACCGGGGGCCCGGCCUGGGCUCCACGCAGGGCCAGACCAUCGCGCUGCCGGCGCAGGGGCUCAUCGAGUUCCGCGACGCCCUGGCCAAGCUCAUCGACGACUACGGCGUGGAGGAGGAGCCGGCCGAGCUGCCCGAGGGCACCUCCUUGACUGUAGACAACAAGCGCUUCUUCUUCGACGUGGGCUCCAACAAGUACGGCGUGUUCAUGCGGGUGAGCGAGGUGAAGCCCACCUACCGCAACUCCAUCACCGUCCCCUACAAGGUGUGGGCCAAGUUCGGCCACACCUUCUGCAAGUACUCGGAGGAGAUGAAGAAGAUCCAGGAGAAGCAGCGGGACAAGCGGGCCGCCGCCGCCGCCUCCGGGCCCGAGCCGCAGGCGGAGACGGAGAGCAGCGCCGCCGCCGCCGGGCCCCCUGGAGCCCUGCUGCAGGCCGACGAGCCGGAGGAGGAUUGA